AUGGAACUCUCGCCAGCUUUCUCCAUCAACAGCGACAUGACCGACGAGGAAUUGGAUCUGUAUUUCGCAACUUGCGGUUCACUGUCCAACUUGCCUACCCCUCCACCCGCAAAGGAGCACCCUGCAGAGAAGCACGCAUCGCCAGCAUUACAGGUGCACGAGUUUGCUCCUGAACUACAAGCACACGCUACCCAUCUUGCCAACCUUGUCCCGUUCAACGUCUCCACAAACCGGCCUUCUGUGUCUAGCAUCCGCAGCUUUCUGGAACGAUCAUGCCUACCAGACGAGGUUGUCGCGUUUGCUGCUUGCAUCCUUGAUGGCCUAUCGGACCGCUUCGUUGCUACGUGGCGCGAGACCCUGUUGCCGUCCGACUUCGUCAGGGACCUUAAGUUUUUUAUGAAGACCGACACAUGUCAUCAUGCCUCCGUCAGCCCAGACGUCCUUGUUCUUGCUGCCUUGUCUCUUGCGCACGGUUUCUUCAGCGACACCCGUCGCUCUGCCCACUACUGGGCAGUGGGCAUGAGCCGUGGUCAAUUUUCCAUUCAGGAGCUUGAGGCCACCAAGCGGUCGAUCCUUCAGGACAUGGACUACCGCCUUUGCCGCGUUACUGAAGGCAUGAUGAACAGCAUGCUGCAAGAGAUGCAGCGUGCAGAGACGUUGCCUACGGCAGCAGCCCCGAUCAACGAGAACGACACCGUUACAAAGACCAGUCGUCGUCGAAAUUUUUCCAUCGACUUAUCAGGCACAUCCAUGUGGAAGAAUGGUGUUCAAACGCCAGAACCCAGCCCUUGA